CCCGUUAGGAUUGCGAAUUUUCAGAGAGGGGGAAUCAAUAUUCAAUAGCCCGCGAGAUAAUCCGUGAAAACGCAUCCAUAUCACUGACAGGACAAAUGGGCUUUGUCUCUGAUUCAGAUGUUGUCGUGGGAAUUCUUGGUUCUUGGAAAGGCCAUUGAGGGCACCAGAAAUUCAAGAAAUGGGGGGUGUGCUUUGGUGCAUUUGACUUUUCCAUUGAAGAGUGAUCGUUGUUGAUGUAGAUGUUGGUUUACAGUCUUGAUUGAAUGUUUAUCGGAGAAGUUGUUAGCUGUUUUAUCAUCCAAAAGAGAUGGGGAGUGGUCCAGCUCCAUUUUCUGAUAUUGGCAAAAGGGCAAGAGACCUUUUGACUAAAGAUUACAACUUUGAUCAGAAGUUCACUUUGACGAUCCCAUGCUCCACUGGCAUGGGUCUUACAGCAACAGGCUUGAAAAAGGACCAAAUUUUCAUAGGUGACAUAAACACUAUGUACAAGAGCCAGAACAUAACUGUCGAUGUGAAAGUUGAUUCAUACUCCAAUGUGUCCACAAAAGUGAUCGCCAGUGAUAUAUUACCUAAUACGAAAACAACACUUAAUUUUAAAGUACCCGAUCGCAAAUCAGGCAAGUUGGAUGUGCAAUACCUUCACCACCGUGCUGCAAUCGAGUCAAGUAUUGGGUUGAACCCAGCUCCAGUUUUGGAGCUUUCAGCAGCACUAGGCAGUAAAGAUCUCAGUUUGGGUGGAGAAAUCACACUUGAUACUGCUUCAGCUUCUUUGACCAAAUAUAAUGCUGGGAUUGGGUUGAGCAGGCCCGAUUUUUCUGCAGCACUCUUGUUGACUGACAAGGGACAGACACUGAAGGCCUCCUAUAUCCACGCCGUGAACCCAACCAACUCGGUCGCAGCCGAGAUGACUCACCGCGUCUCCACCUACGAUAACAGUUUCUCCGUAGGGAGCUCCCACAUGGUGGACCCGCUGACUACGGUCAAGGCCCGGUUCUCAGACAACGGGAAGGUGGCUAUGCUAUGCCAAAGAGAGUGGCGACCCAAAUCACUGCUUACUCUCUCAUUCGAGUACGAUACCAAGGUCUCAAGUUCUGCUCCAAAGAUGGGCCUCGCUCUUGCCCUGAAACCUUAAUCAGCGCCAUCGAGGCUACUCUGCUAAGUUGCAACUCCCUCAGUUGUCUAUUCUAUUCUUUGGAAGACCAUGAAGCGUUUUUUGAAUGUUUUGGUCCCAAAGGUUGUGUUUGGGAAACUGAAAAUUAGUAGUUGCCGCAGGGAAUAUGUUGGUUCCUGGAAAACUUGUAGAUUCACAAUCAAUCACACUGACUACAUUUAAUUGCAAUCGAGAACGAUGAUACGAUUCUUUGCGUCGGGCUGUUCCGGCGAGAUCAA